UUAAAAUCCCAUUUCAAGCAAUUAAAAUAAGCAUAACAUAAUGCAACGUUUUAUCCUCCACCCAACCCCCCUCUUCCGCAGCUCUCCAAACCCCUCCACUGCUUGGACUGCGCGCCGGUUCGCAACCGCAUUCCACCACCCUAAUCCCGGCAACUUUGCCAACCGCCCCAGGGAACAACUCUCUGAAGCCGGCCGCAAAGGUGGCAGAAAGGGCGGAAAAGCGCAUGGUGGGGGUGGAUUCCAUAAUAUGGAUCCGGAGAAGCAGCAUGAAAUAGCUUCUCGCGGAGGACAUGCCUCUAGAAAAGCAGCCCAGCAACAAUAUCAAGUUCCGGAAGAAGAACCUGUUGAUCCAGCUACAGCACCUCCGGGAUUUGAAAGGUCUGCUUCUGCGUAGUUUUGGGUGUAUUUAAUGUCG